AUGGAUUUUGUCUACAGCAGUGGGGUGCUGGUUAUACAGCACCUCCAGAAGAACUACAGGGAACACCAGGGCUUUCUCAACUUCAUGUCAACUGUUGGAGACCCUCGUAAUAUUUUUUCUGUUUAUUUCCCCCUCUGGUUUCAUCUCAGUCAUAAUGUGGGCACCAAGAUGAUAUGGGUGGCUGUUAUUAGUGACUGGUUCAAUCUUAUUUUCAAAUGGUUUCUGUUUGGGCAGCGACCUUACUGGUGGGUUCAAGAAAGUCACGUCUACCACAAUGACUCAUUUCCACAUUUGGAGCAAUUUCCCAUCACGUGUGAAACAGGGCCAGGAAGUCCAUCUGGUCACGCCAUGGGCUCAGCAUGUGUGUGGUAUGUGAUGAUCACCUCUGCUCUCAACCUUACUAGGCCUUCCUCCACUGUCACUUCUGUGCAUAGUUUUCAAAGGUGGGCAGUUAUUUUGUUUCGUCUUCUGAGAUCAUGUCUGUGGAUGGCUUUUUGGCUCAUUCAGAUAAGCGUUUGCAUCUCCAGGGUUUUUAUUGCAACACAUUUCCCACAUCAGGUUAUCCUCGGCCUUUCAGCUGGUAUGCUGGUUGCCGCGGCAUUUGAUCACAUCCCCUUAGUCUACAAUGCAAGCUUGAAAGUGUACCUCCAGACCAACAUUCUUCUUUUCUCUUUAGCCAUUUGCUUCUAUCUGAUCCUCAAAUUGACAGACAGUGAUCCUUUGUGGUCAGUUACUAAAGCCAAGAAGUGGUGUGCUAACCCAGAUUGGAUCCAUCUUGACACCACACCCUUUGCUGGUCUGGUGAGAAACCUGGGAGUGCUGUUUGGUCUCGGCCUGUCAGUGAACUCUCAGAUGUUCAUACACAGCUGUAAGGGGAAGAACAGCUACAAAACCAGAUUCAAACUCAUGUGUGUGACAGCAUCUCUCACAUUCCUGCAACUGUAUGACUUUAUCAAAAUGUUCUCUCACACUGAGGUUCUGUUUUACAUUUUAUCAUUUUGUAAGAGCGCUUCUGUUCCUUUUGGUGUGGUUGCUGUUGUUCCUUACUGUGUUCAUUUGUUAAUUGGAGACGAGAACAGGAAGUUAGCUUAG